CUGAAUAUUGCCUUGAUGCCAGUGUUGCUCGCCUCAGCCCUUGAACCUGCACCAUCCAGCGAUUCUUGCCCAAGUUUCUCAUCAGGAGGAAACCACAAAAAAGCCAACAUGUCUGAGAAGAAGAUGACAUCGAGCCGCAAGCAUCACCUGAAGAGUGUGAUGCUCGCAAUUGCGGCUACACGUCUGGAGCAGGAGAAAGUUGACAUUGUAGCAGCCAAGGAGGCCUACCUGAAUGAGCACUGCCCAGCCCUUAGCAUGCCCGGUGCCUUGGAGGAGCUUCAGAAACUCUGCAAAGAGCUUCAUUCAAAGAUCGACAAAGUUGAUGAGGAGAGAUACGAUGUUGAUUCCACAGUCACCAAGGGACAAAAAGCGGUUGAUGACCUGAACAUCAAGGUAACAGAAUUGAAGGGUAUGAAGAAGCCAGCUCUGAAGAAAGUGCGUAUGUCCGCUGACCAGAUGCUUCAGGCUCUGCUGGGCUCCAAGCACAAGGUCACUAUGGAUCUGAGGAGCAACCUGAAGCAGGUCAAGAAGGAGGUCAAGGUUGAGGAGGCUGGUGACUGGCGUGCGAACAUUGAGGACAAUAAGGACAGGAAGAAGAAGUUUGAGGGCGCUGAGGCGUAAACGAAGUUAAGUGGCUCAAGAUGUUGGGGGUUUCCUCCAGAACGGUUGGAUGGCAGAACUUAACACAUGGAUGGCAGAACACGGAUGUGUUGGGAUGAGAGGCUUUUUUUUCUUCUUUUAUUUUUGUUGCAACAUUCUUUUUUCCUUUUGAAACAUGCAUUUUGUUGUACAAAUGUAUAGAUCAACAGAUGUAUAGUCACGUCAAGUCAUUAAAAUGAGAUGUCAUUUAAGAUCA